ACGUAGAAAUUCCACAAAUACAUACAUACGCUCUCCUUUUCUUUUCUCCCUCCCCACUCGUAAAUCUCUCUCUUCCUCUUCUCCCUUCUCGCUUCUUCUCAAACAUCCAGACACCCCCCCUCUCUCCAAACCCUAUUUUUUCAUCAGGGUCGAUCGCUUGGUGAAUUGGGGUCUCAAUUGACCUUUGUUGGAUUUAAUUUUUCCUCUUAGAGGCUUGAGGGUUUCGGUGUUUCAUCUCUAUCGCAACCAUGUUUACCCGAAUUUUCGGUAAACCUAAACAGGAGGCCAAUACUCUAACCACAUUGGACAAGUUAACCGAGACCCUUGAAAUGCUAGAGAAAAAGGAGAAAGUGCUCGUUAAAAAGGCAGCAGCAGAAGUUGAAAAAGCCAAAGAAUUCACCAAGGCAAAGAAUAAGAGGGCGGCAAUACAAUGUUUGAAGAGGAAGAGGCUGUAUGAGCAGCAAAUAGAGCAGCUUGGAAAUUUCCAGUUGCGUAUUCAUGACCAGAUGAUAAUGUUAGAAGGUGCCAAGGCAACCACAGAAACAGUUGAUGCAUUGAGAGUAGGAGCAGCUACUAUGAAGGCUAUGCAAAAAGCAACGAACAUUGAUGAUGUUGACAAGACCAUGGAUGAGAUCAAUGAGCAGACUGAGAACAUGAAACAAAUUCAGGAAGCAUUGUCAGCUCCAAUUGGUUCAGCUGCUGAUUUUGAUGAGGACGAAUUGGAAGCAGAACUUGAAGAGCUAGAAGGUGCUGAGUUGGAAGAACAACUACUUCAGCCUGCAACUACAGCUCCCGCAGCUCCUGUACAUGUCCCAGCUGGGCGGCAACCUAAUCGUCCUUUCCCCGCAAAGCCUACUGCUGAAGAAGAUGAAUUGGCAGCUUUGCAGGCUGAGAUGGCUCUUUGAGAAGGCACUGAUAUGCAUGAUAAGUGGCCCCUAAAGAAUUUCAACCAGUGACAUGGAAUAUUCUGCCCCUCCGUGAUCCGUAUCUGUGUAAAAAUCAUUGAGCAGAGAAUGUAUAUAAAGGUGACAAAUAUUGAAAUGCGCUAAAAAAUAUAGUUUGAGUUUGUCACCCAUUUCGAUGUCUUAUUUUAAAAGAAGUUGAAAACCCCCACUCUUUUGUAGUUUUUGUCAUCCAUUGAUGCAAUUCGGUUAACUAUUUCUUUUGGAACCCAGUCCAAUUGACAUUGCCAUUCAGAUUGAUAUAUAUAUCACAAACUUUCUAAGGUUGUUGGGGAA